AGUGAGUGUCCCCGCUGCCCCCCUCCCCGCUCGGAGUGAAAACUGAGAUAGUGAGGAAAAAGCAACGGGAGGAAAGACCAUGGAGGGAGGAAGCUGGAUGUAUUAGCUAGUUGCUUGAGGGAACUUUUUCCUGCUGUCGCCUUUACCUGCGUAAAUUUAAGUUGUCUCAAUGUGGCGAUAUCCGGUGUGUAUUUUAUGUGCUGGGAAAACGUCGUAAAUAUCCGGAGCAUUCAAACAUUCACCGACAGUCUGACCGCGGACGGUUAGCGCAACCCGACGAAAGUUAGCUGGCUCCGGCUAACUUAGCCUGUCUCAGCUAGCGAGAAAGGACAAAAAACGGGCUAGUGGAAACCUGGUUAAUAUUAAACUUGGCGCUGCGGCGUAGAGUAACUAGUAAUGUUGCCUCUCGGGAUUAACUUCACAUACGGAUGAGAAAGAAAUUGGCGACUGGGGAACACCGAGAACAACUGCGAGCCAGACGACCACUGCUAUGUUGGGGUUGAUUCUCGGCUCUGGCAGCCCGCCUGAGUCCCGAGGUUGGCCACACUCGGUGCUGUGGAGGCUUGGGGGCUUCUUCUUCCUCCUGCUGCUGGAAGGGGCCGGCUGCCUCUCCAACCCGAGCAGCCCCUCAGGCGUCAACAACAACAACAACAACCACCCUAGUGUCAACAUAUACAUGAGUGUGGAGGAGGUGAAGAAGCUUUUGGGCCUAGAUGCAGAACUUUACUAUGUGCGAGACAAUGUGGUGAAUCAUUAUGCCCUCUCCUUCACCAUGCCUGUACCCAAUGAGACCAACAGCCUUCACUUCACUUGGCAUUCCAAGACAAAGGUUGACUACCGGCUUGGUUUCCACAUGGAGAACCCUCUUGCCAUGAACCAACCACGGAGCAACAUCUCCAGUCAGGGGGAGGUGCCCCUGGUUCCCUCUGUCUUUAGAGUGGACCUCUUCUGUUCCGGCAAGGUAAAUGGAGAGACUGUUCUCACAAUGCAGCUCAAUCUGACCAUCCAUGCCAACAACUACACAGUGCUCAACUUCAAGAGGAGGAAAAUGUGCCCUCAUGAUUCUUCAAAGAUUCCCAUUCCCCUCAACAAUAACAGUCUUCCACGACCUGAUUUAGAUGGUGUGACCACCCCCACCACCUCCACUCAGGUGUUUUAUAUAAGUGUGAGCGUGUGCUGCAUUGUCAUCUUCCUCGUGGCCAUCAUCCUGGCCAUUCUACACCUGCACAGCAUGAAGAGAGUGGAGAUGGAGGACAGUGUGAGUGACAGUGGAAGCUCUCAGGGCCUGUCGCAGCCAUCCACCCAGACCACACAGUACCUGAGGGCUGACACUCCAAACAACGCAGCCCCUGUGACCAACAAUCACCCUGGUUCUGCACCCAUACUCCAGCUUGCUGCCUCCUCCUUCCAAAACCCUGGUGCUCCCCCCCAUGAAACCAAAAGUUACCCAUCUCUCCGCAUUGAGAAGAAUGACCUGAGGAGUGUUACUCUAAUGGAGGCCAAAGCAAAAGUGAAAGACAUUGCCAUUUCAAGGGAAAGAGUCACACUGCGAGACGUCUUGCAUGAAGGCACGUUUGGCCGCAUCUUCCACGGGGUGCUGGUGGAUGAAAAGGACCCCAGCAAGGAAAAGCAGGUCUUUGUGAAGACAGUGAAAGAUCAUGCGUCUGAGGUUCAGGUGACCAUGAUGUUGACUGAAAGUUGCAAGCUUCGUGGACUUCAUCAUAGAAAUCUGUUGCCCAUAAGUCAUGUGUGCACAGAAGAUGGAGAGAAACCCAUGGUGCUGUUGCCUUUCAUGGCUUGGGGGAAUCUCAAGCUAUUCCUGCGGCAGUGCAAGUUGGCUGAGGCUAACAACCCACAGGCAAUCUCUCAACAAGACUUGGUUUACAUGGCGAUCCAGAUUGCAUGUGGAAUGAGCUACCUGUCUCGCAGGGAGGUCAUACACAAAGACCUCGCUGCCAGGAACUGUGUCAUUGACGACAACAUGCAAGUGAAGAUCACAGACAACGCCCUUGCCCGAGACUUAUUUCCCAUGGAUUACCACUGUCUGGGGGAUAAUGAGAACAGGCCCGUCCGCUGGAUGGCCCUGGAGAGCUUGCUCAACAACGACUUUUCUAGUGCAAGUGAUGUGUGGGCCUUCGGAGUGACGUUGUGGGAACUGAUGACUCUGGGUCAGACCCCCUACGUCGACAUUGACCCCUUUGAGAUGUCGGCCUACCUGAAGGACGGCUACAGAAUAGCACAACCAAUCAACUGUCCAGAUGAGCUGUUUGCAGUGAUGGCUUGUUGCUGGGCCCUGGACCCAGAGGAGAGACCCAAGUUUCAGCAGCUCGUGCAGUGUCUCACAGAGUUCCACGCAGCGUUGGGCGCUUACGUGUGAAGCUCUUUGGGGCCCCUCCUCCAAAAAAUAAAAAACCAGCAUUGGUGGACAUUUUUCAUAAGGAAUACAUGUAUGAAAUGUGCCUUAUCAGAUGAAAGAGCAGGCUUAAGCCUGAUGAUUUUAUUUUGUACAGCUCUUUUGGAGUUUUUAUAUAGUUGACUUACCUUUUUACAGCAUAGCAACAUAAAAGGAUUCUUUGUUGAAUAUUGUUUGGUAUGCUUUGAAAGCGUCUGGCAGUGGCAGCUACAGUCCUCCUCCUGUGCCAUGAGGACAGAAACGAUGGAACAAUGUCGUCAUCUGUACAGCACGUCAACAUUUACGUGCCAUUGGAGAAAUUUUUUUAAGGAUGAAUUUUAAGCCGCUGGCAGCCCUGUUUUUUUUUUUUCAACAGUUCUUUCUACAGUAUUGUGUCUUAGUGAAGCAGUGUAAGUUGUAGAUGUGUUAUGGAUGAGAGUAACUGUACAGUAGAAUGAUUUAGGUACCAAAGUAGACUUAAGGGCUUCUUUUGCAUAUGUAACUGCUCUCCAGCAGGCUGCUUCACUCUGCUAUGGUCAGCUCCAGCUUGGUACGAGAGGCCUCUUGGAAACCUGAUUUGUGUUGGUUCAGAUGAUUUCUGAGACCGUUACAAAUGGUACACACUGUUUACUUCGGGUGACACUAAAACACUGUGCCACAGAUGAGUUUUCUUUGCUUCAUGGAUCAGACGUAUGGACGCCACAGCUCGUACAAGAUCAGCACCGCAAAGCUACACAUAUGAACUUUAUAAUAACUUCUGGAGUGAGUUUUGGACACUAUUAUUAUGUGAAUGCCUCCACCUUCUUCUUCUUCUUUUGUACAUUUUAUAUUCACAACCUCCAAACAGAAUUAUCAUUAUGUUUCUAUUUUAUAAGCUUGAUUGUUCUGUGUCAGAACACAGCCAUCCACAGGAUUUGUUUGGACAGAUUUUUUUGUGAGUAACUAGAACACUAAUAAUGACUGUGAACACAGAAGACUGCCUAUCAGCUCGGUCUAAUCGUACUCUCACACCUUUAACAUCUUUGUCAUGUGUCUUUAUGGUCACUGCAUGUCAAACUAAGGUUGUAAACUCCCUCCCAAAUUCAUAUCUACAAAUUAAAUGGGAUUUUUUUCAAUAUA